CCCCGGGCUGGGAGGUGGCGGUCCGGCCGCUGCUCUCCGCCUCUUACUCCGCCUUCGAGAUGAAGGAGCUGCCGCAGCUGGUGGCCUCAGUCAUCGAGAGUGAAUUAGAAAUCCUGCACCACGACAAGCAGUAUGAGCCCUUCUACUCCUCCUUUGUCGCACUUUCCACACACUAUAUCACAACGGUCUGCAGCCUCAUUCCCCGAAAUCAGCUUCAGUCAGUGGCAGCUGCCUGCAAAGUCCUGAUUGAAUUCUCUCUCCUGCGCCUAGAGAAUCCAGAUGAGGCCUGUGCUGUAUCCCAGAAACACUUGAUUCUCCUUAUCAAAGGUCUGUGCACUGGCUGUAGCCGGCUAGACCGAACUGAAAUCAUUACUUUCACUGCAAUGAUGAAAUCUGCCAAGCUCCCACAGACAGUGAAGACUCUCUCAGAUGUGGAAGAUCAGAAGGAGCUGGCUUCACCAGUCAGCCCAGAGCUUCGGCAGAAGGAAGUACAAAUGAACUUUCUGAACCAGUUGACCUCAGUCUUCAAUCCUAGAGCGGUAGCAGCACCAUCCCUCCCGCCCGUGAUUCAGGUGGAAGGAGAAAAUGAAGAUCAGUCCUCAACAGAUCAAGCCUCUGCCAUCAAAACCAAGAAUGUGUUUAUAGCCCAGAAUGUGGCUAGUCUACAGGAGCUCGGUGGCUCAGAGAAGCUGCUCCGUGUGUGUCUGAACCUGCCAUAUUUCCUACGCUACAUUAAUCGGUUCCAAGAUGCUGUGUUGGCUAAUUCCUUCUUCAUUAUGCCUGCAACAGUGGCAGAUGCCACCGCUGUCCGUAAUGGUUUUCAUUCAUUAGUCAUUGAUGUAACCAUGGCAUUGGAUACCCUUUCUCUCCCUGUUUUGGAACCCCUUAACCCUGCUCGAUUACAAGAUGUGACGGUGCUCAGCCUCAGCUGUCUAUAUGCAGGUGUGAGUGUGGCCACCUGUAUGGCCAUUCUUCAUGUGGGCAGCACCCAGCAGGUGCGGACAGGCUCCACAAGCUCCAAAGAAGAAGAUUAUGAAAACGAUGCUGCUACCAUUGUCCAGAAAUGUCUUGAAAUCUAUGAGAUGAUUGGGCAGGCCAUCAGCAGCUCCCGGAGAGCUGGCGGUGAGCACUACCAGAACUUCCAGCUGCUGGGUGCAUGGUGUUUGCUGAACAGUCUCUUCCUCAUCUUGAAUCUCAGCCCCACUGCCUUAGCUGAUAAGGGAAAAGAGAAAGAUCCUCUGGCCGCUCUCAGAGUGCGAGACAUCAUUGCUCGUGCAAAGGAGGGUGUGGGUUCUCCCAAACUGGGACCUGGGAAAGGGCAUCAAGGAUUUGGAGUUCUCUCUGUAGUGUUGGCAAACCAUUCAAUCAAACUAUUAACAUCUCUUUUUCAAGACCUGCAAGUAGAGGCUCUCUAUAAGGGUUGGGAGGCAGAUGGUCCCCCUGCAACCCUGAGCAUCAUGGCCCAGAGUACGUCAAUACAGAGAAUUCAGCGAUUGAUUGACUCUGUCCCACUCACAAAUCUGCUGCUGACCUUGCUCUCUACCUCGUACAGAAAGGCAUGUGUCUUGCAGCGUCAGAGGAAGGGUUCCAUGAGCAGUGAUGCCAGUGCCUCUACCGACUCCAACACCUACUACGAGGAUGAUUUCAGCAGCACAGAGGAGGACAGUAGCCAAGCCAGGGUUACCAGAGUGGCAGAACCUACCUCGCAGAGGCCCAAGCUGGAGUCUCUCUCUCAUAAUGAUGACAGCGAGCCCAUCCUUGGGCAGUGGUUUGAGGAAACCAUCUCUCCGAGCAAGGAGAAAGUGGCACCUCCUCCCCCUCCUCCUCCCCCGCCACUGGAGAGCUCACCUCGGGUCAAGAGCCCAAACAAACCAGCUGCUGGUGAGAAAGGCAACAUCCUGGCCAGUCGCAAGGACCCUGAGCUGUUUUUAGGUUUGGCUUCCAACAUCUUGAACUUCCUCACCUCCUCCAUGUUAAACUCUCGAAACAACUUUAUCCGCAAUUACCUGAGUGUAUCUCUGUCUGAGCAGCACAUGGCUACCUUAGCCAGCAUCAUCAAGGAGGUGGACAAGGAUGGGCUCAAGGGUUCAUCAGAUGAAGAAUUUGCUGCUGCACUUUAUCACUUUAACCACUCCCUAGUCACGUCAGAUCUUCAGUCUCCUACCUUGCAGAAUACUCUGUUGCAGCAACUGGGAAUUGCUCCCUUUUCUGAUGGCCCGUGGCCUUUGUACAUCCAUCCUCAGAGCUUAUCGGUGCUCUCACGCCUCCUGCUCAUCUGGCAGCACAGAGCCAGUGCUCAAGGAAACCCUGAUGUUCCCGAAUGCCUUCAAGUUUGGGAGAGGUUUGUGGCCACACUGAAACAGAAUGCCUUGCAAGGGGUGCUUCCCAAUGAUACAGAAGACCUGAAUGUGGAGCAUUUACAGCUUCUCCUCCUCCUUUUCCACAACUUCUCAGAGAAAGGUCGUCGCUCCAUAUUGGCCCUUUGCAUCCAGACCAUCCUGGAGCUGACAGCUAGCUUGGAUUCUCAGCUGCAUUCGGUGCCGCUGCUCCUGGCACGCCUUCUCUUGGUCUUUGAUUAUCUGCUUCAUCAGUAUUCCAAAGUCCCCAUGUACCUUUUUGAACAGGUGCAGUAUAACCUUCUUAGUCCUCCUUUUGGCUGGGUAACUGGAUCUCAGGAAAGCGGCCGCAGGGCCCCUGCGCCCUUGUAUCAUGGCUUCAAAGAAGUGGAAGAAAACUGGACCAAGCAUUGUUCAUCAGAUGCUGCUCCACAGCCCAGAUUUUAUUGUGUCCUGUCACCAGAAGCCUCAGAAGAUGACUUAAAUCGCCUUGAUAAUAUGAUCUGUGAGGUCCUCUUCUCCGGAGCAGUGAAAUAUGAUGAACUGUAUGGCGCCCUGACUUCUUUGCUAGCUGCCGGCUCUCAGUUUGACACCACCAGGAGGAAGGAGAAUAAGAAUGUGACGGCACUGGAGGCAUGUGCCCUCCAAUAUUAUUUCUUGAUACUCUGGAGGAUCCUGGGGAUUUUGCCACCAUCAAAGAAAUAUAUGAACCAGUUGGCUAUGAACACGCCUGAGAUGAGUGAGUGUGACAUCCUGCAUACUUUGCGCUGGUCUUCGCGCCUCCGGAUUGGCUCUUAUGUCAGUUGGAUAAAGGACCACCUUGUCCAGCAGGGCAUGAAAACUGACCAUGCUAGUUCUGUCAUCGAGCUGGCCUCCAGCAAGUGCAGCUCUGUGAAAUAUGAUGUGGAAAUAGCAGAGGAGUACUUUGCUCGACAGAUCUCAUCAUUCUGUGGCAUCGACUGUACCACCAUCUUGCAGUUACAUGAGAUUCCCAGCCUGCAAUCCAUCUAUACCCUUGAUGCAGCCAUUUCCAAGGUCCAGGUCUCUCUGGAUGAGCAUUUUUCCAAGUUGGCGGCUGAGACUGAUCCUCAUAAGUCAUCAGAAAUAACUAAGAACCUGCUGCCUGCUACAUUACAACUGAUUGAUACCUACGCAUCAUUCACUAGGUCUUAUUUGCUGCAAAGCCUCUCUGAAGAGGGUUCCACUGAGAAUAAGCCUUCUGAAGAGAAACUGGGAGGUUAUUCUGCUGUCUUGGCGAUAGGCUCGAGCCGGUGCAAGUCCAAUACCUUGGGUUCUACACUUGUUCAGAACUUACCAUCAUCUGUGCAGGCCCUAUGUGAGUCAUGGAACAAUAUUCACACAAAUGAGUUUCCCAAUAUUGGAUCCUGGCGUAAUGCUUUUGCCAAUGACACAAUUCCAGCAGAGAGUUACAUCAGUGCUGUGCAGGCCGCCCACCUGGGGACCCUCUGUAGUCAGAGUCUGCCCUUGGCUGCUUCCUUGAAACACACACUUCUUUCUCUGGUCAGGCUGACUGGUGAUCUUAUUGUUUGGUCCGAUGAGUUAAACCCUCCCCAGGUGAUUGGCACACUGCUGCCCCUUCUCUUGGAGAUGAGCACUGAGAGCGUGGCUGAGAUGAGCAGCAACUCCCUAGAAAGGAUCCUGGGCCCAGCUGAGUCAGAUGAGUUUUUGGCUCGAGUCUACGAAAAGCUCAUCACGGGGUGUUACAACAUUUUGGCCAAUCAUGCAGACCCUAAUAGUGGACUAGAUGAGUCCAUCUUGGAAGAGUGUCUCCAGCAUCUGGAGAAACAGUUGGAAAGUAGCCAGGCUCGCAAGGCCAUGGAGGAGUUUUUCUCAGAGAGUGGAGAACUUGUCCAGAUCAUGAUGGCCACAGCCAAUGAAAACCUCUCUGCUAAAUUCUGUAACCGAGUUCUGAAAUUCUUCACCAAACUCUUCCAGCUGACCGAGAAGAGCCCUAACCCCAGCCUGCUACAUCUCUGUGGCUCUCUCGCCCAGCUGGCUUGUGUGGAGCCUGUGCGGCUCCAGGCUUGGCUUACCCGCAUGACCACAUCACCCCCCAAGGAGUCCGACCAGCUGGAGGUGGUGCAAGAGAACCGGCAGCUGCUGCAGCUACUGACCACAUACAUCGUUCGGGAGAACAGCCAAGUUGGGGAAGGCGUUUGCACUGUGCUGCUGAGCACCCUGAUCCCUAUGGCGACAGAAAUGCUGGCCAAUGGGGACGGCGCUGGCUUUCCUGAGCUCAUGGUUGUGAUGGCGACACUGGCCAGUGCGGGCCAAGGUGCCGGCCACCUCCAGCUUCAUGGUGCUGCUGUGGACUGGUUGAGCAGAUGUAAGAAAUACUUGUCUCAGAAGAAUGUAGUUGAAAAAAUGAAUGCUAAUGUAAUGCAUGGGAAGCAUGUGACUAUUCUGGAAUGUACCUGCCAUAUUGUAUCUUACCUGGCUGAUGUCACCAAUGCCCUGAGCCAGGGCAGCGGUCAGGGCCCGAGUCAUCUCUCAGUGGAUGGAGAGGAGCGGGCCAUCGAGGUCGACUCAGACUGGGUAGAGGAGCUGGCGGUAGAAGAAGAAGACUCUCAGGCCGAGGACUCAGAUGAAGAUUCUCUUUGUAACAAGCUAUGCACAUUUACUAUCACACAGAAAGAAUUCAUGAACCAGCAUUGGUACCAUUGUCACACCUGCAAGAUGGUGGAUGGGGUCGGUGUGUGCACAGUGUGUGCUAAGGUCUGCCACAAGGAUCACGAGAUUUCCUAUGCCAAGUAUGGGUCCUUCUUCUGUGACUGUGGAGCCAAGGAAGAUGGUAGCUGUUUGGCUCUGGUGAAGAGGGCACCUAGCAGUGGCAUGAGCUCCACAAUGAAGGAGUCAGCAUUCCAGAGUGAGCCCCGGGUUUCUGAGAGUGUAGUGCGCCAUGCCAGCAGCACGUCGCCAGCAGACAAGGCCAAGGUCACUAUCAGUGAUGGCAGAGUUGCUGAUGAGGAGAAGCCCAAGAAGAGCAGUUUGUGCCGGAGUGUGGAAGGUUGCCGAGAAGAGCUUCAGACCCAGGCGAACUUCUCCUUCGCUCCCUUGGUGUUAGACAUGCUUGGCUUCCUCAUGGAGGCCAUUCAGAUCAAUUUCCAGCAGGCUUCAGCUAUGGGCAGCAGCAGCCGGGCCCAGCAGGCACUCAAUGAGUUACACACUUUGGACAAAAUGGUAGAGAUGACUGACCAGCUGAUGGUCCCAACCUUAGGCUCCCAGGAAGGUGCCUUUGAAAACGUCCGCAUGAACUACAGUGGAGACCAGGGCCAGACCAUUCGCCAGCUCAUUAGUGCCCACGUGCUGAGACGUGUGGCAAUGUGUGUGCUGUCUUCACCCCAUGGACGACGCCAACAUUUAGCUGUCAGCCAUGAAAAGGGCAAGAUUACUGUUCUGCAGCUCUCUGCACUCCUCAAACAAGCAGAUUCCAGUAAAAGGAAGCUGACCCUCACCCGCUUGGCAUCGGCACCAGUCCCCUUCACUGUGUUAAGUCUCACUGGAAAUCCUUGUAAGGAAGACUACCUUGCUGUGUGUGGACUGAAGGACUGCCACGUGCUGACUUUCAGUAGCUCAGGCUCCGUUUCUGACCACUUGGUGCUGCAUCCUCAGUUGGCAACAGGAAACUUUAUCAUCAAAGCUGUGUGGUUACCUGGCUCACAGACAGAGCUGGCCAUCGUUACUGCAGACUUUGUCAAGAUAUACGACCUCUCUGUUGAUGCCUUGAGCCCAACCUUCUACUUUCUCUUGCCGAGCUCAAAGAUCAGAGACGUUGCUUUUCUCUUCAAUGAGGAGGGGAAGAACAUUAUUGUUAUAAUGUCCUCAGCUGGCUACAUCUACAGUCAGCUCAUGGAGGAGGCCAGCAGUGCCCAGCAUGGGCCUUUUUAUGUCACAAAUGUGUUGGAAGUCAAUCAUGAAGACCUGAAGGACAGCAAUAGCCAGGUCGCAGGAGGAGGCGUGUCUGUCUACUACUCCCACGUGCUGCAGGUGCUCUUCUUCAGCUACUGUCAAGGAAAAUCCUUCGCAGCCACCAUCAGCAGGUCCACGUUGGAGGUACUGCGGCUCUUCCCCAUCAGCGUUAAGAGUACUAAUGGUGGCAGUAAAACUUCCCCUGCUCUUUGCCAGUGGUCUGAGGUGAUGAACCACCCUGGUUUGGUGUGUUGUGUUCAGCAAACUACAGGUGUGCCACUGGUGAUCAUGGUGAAACCAGAUACUUUUCUCAUCCAGGAGAUCAAGACUUUGCCAGCUAAAGCGAAGAUUCAGGACAUGGUUGCUAUCCGGCACACAGCCUGCAAUGAGCAGCAAAGGACAACCAUGAUUCUGUUGUGUGAGGAUGGCAGCCUACGCAUUUACAUGGCCAAUGUGGAAAAUACAUCCUACUGGCUCCAGCCUUCCCUGCAGCCCAGCAGUGUCAUCAGCAUCAUGAAACCUGUCCGAAAGCGCAAGGCAGCAGCCAUUACUACUCGAACUUCCAGCCAGGUCACUUUCCCCAUCGACUUCUUCGAGCACAACCAGCAGCUGACAGAUGUGGAGUUUGGUGGCAAUGACCUCUUACAGGUCUACAAUGCACAGCAGAUAAAACACCGGCUUAACUCCACAGGCAUGUAUGUGGCCAACACCAAGCCUGGAGGCUUCACCAUCGAAGUGAACAACAACAACAACACGAUGGUGAUGACGGGCAUGCGCCUGCAGAUCGGGACCCAGGCUGUCGAACGGGCCCCCUCGUACAUCGAGAUCUUUGGCCGCACCAUGCAGCUCAGCCUGACGCGCUCACGCUGGUUUGACUUCCCGUUCACCCGAGAAGAAGCGCUGCAAGCUGACAAGAAGCUGAGUAUCUUCAUCGGGGCCUCAGUGGAUCCAGCAGGAGUUACUAUGAUAGACGCUGUCAAGAUUUACGGCAAGACUAAGGAGCAGUUUGGCUGGCCUGAUGAACCCCCAGAGGAUUUCCCUUCUGCCUCUGUCAGUAAUAUCUGCCCCCCCAAUGUGAGCCAGGGCAAUGGCACUGGAGAGAGUGACACAGCAGCUCCUGCCACCUCCAGCGGGACUGUCCUGGAGAGGCUAGUGGGGAGUUCUUUAGAAGCCCUCGAAAGCUGCUUUGCUGUGGGCCCUGUCAGUGAGAAGGAAAAGAGCAAGGCUGCAGCUCAGGAGCUGGCUACCAUGCUGCUCUCCAUGCCAGCACCGUCCAGUGUCCAGCAGCAGACGAAGAGCCUCCUUGCCAGCCUUCACACCAGCCGCUCAGCUUAUCAUAACCACAAGGACCAGGCCUUGUUGAGUAAAGCCGUGCAGUGCCUCAACUCCUCCAGCAGAGAUGGAAAGGAGCUGGACCCGGAGGUGUUCCAGCGGCUCGUGAUCACCGCUCGCUCUAUUGCCAUCAUGCGCCCCAACAACCUGGUGCAUUUCACCGAGUCCAAGGUGCCCCCAGUGGAAGCAGAAGGCGUGGAUGAGGGGAAAGAGCCCCAGAAACAUACAGAAGGGGAUGGCUGUACUUUCAUCACCCAGCUCAUCAACCAUUUCUGGAAACUGCACGCAUCUAAACCAAAGAAUGCCUUUUUGGCACCUGCCUGCUUACCAGGUUUAACUCAUGUUGAAGCUACUGUCAAUGCAUUGGUGGACAUCAUCCAUGGCUACUGCACUUGUGAGCUAGACUGUAUCAACACAGCCUCCAAGAUCUAUAUGCAGAUGCUACUAUGCCCCGAUCCUGCUGUGAGCUUCUCCUGCAAACAGGCUCUGAUCCGAGUGCUAAGGCCCAGGAACAAGCGGAGACAUGUGACGCUGCCCUCCUCCCCUCGGAGCAACACGCCCAUGGGAGACAAGGAUGAUGAUGAUGAUGAUGAUGCUGAUGAGAAGAUGCAGUCCUCAGGGAUUCCAGAGAGUGGCCACAUCCGCCAGGAGAGCCAAGAGCAGAACGAGGUGGACCAUGGAGACUUUGAGAUGGUGUCUGAGUCCAUGGUGCUGGAGACAGCCGAGAACGUCAACAAUGGCAACCCAUCCCCCCUGGAGGCUCUCCUGGCUGGUGCAGAGGGUUUCCCUCCCAUGCUGGACAUCCCACCCGAUGCAGAUGAUGAGACUAUGGUGGAGCUGGCCAUUGCCUUGAGCCUGCAACAGGACCAGCAAGGCAGCAGCAGCAGUGCCCUGGGCCUGCAGAGCCUGGGACUGUCCGGCCAGGCACCCAGCUCUUCCUCCCUGGACGCAGGAACCCUUUCUGACACCACAGCAUCAGCUCCAGCGUCAGAUGACGAAGGCAGCACAGCCGCAACUGAUGGCUCCACCCUUCGGACUUCUCCUGCCGAUCACGGCGGUAGUGUGGGCUCUGAGAGUGGAGGGAGUGCCGUGGACUCGGUGGCUGGAGAGCACAGUGUGUCAGGACGGAGCAGUGCCUAUGGUGACACCACAGCAGAGGGACACCCAGCUGGGCCGGGCAGUGUCAGCUCCAGUACUGGAGCCAUCAGCACCACCACGGGCCAGCAGGAAGGAGAUGGCUCGGAGGGAGAGGGAGAAGGGGAAGCUGAAGGAGACAUCAACACCAGUAACAGACUGCACAUGGUCCGCCUGAUGCUGUUGGAGAGGCUGCUGCAGACCUUGCCCCAGCUGCGCAGUGUAGGUGGUGUCCGAGCCAUCCCAUAUAUGCAGGUCAUUCUGAUGCUCACGACCGACCUGGAUGGAGAAGACGAGAAGGAUAAGGGUGCUUUGGACAACUUGCUGUCUCAGCUUAUUGCAGAAUUGGGCAUGGACAAGAAGGAUGUUUCUAAGAAGAAUGAACGCUGUGCCCUGAAUGAGGUCCAUCUGGUGGUGAUGAGGUUGUUGAGCGUCUUCAUGUCCAGGACCAAGUCAGGGUCCAAGUCCUCCAUCUGUGAGUCGUCAUCCCUCAUCUCUAGUGCCACGGCAGCAGCGCUGCUGAGCUCUGGGGCUGUAGAUUACUGCCUGCAUGUGCUCAAGUCUCUGCUGGACUACUGGAAGAGCCAGCAGAAUGACGAGGAGCCUGUGGCUGCCAGCCAGCUGCUGAAACCCCACACCACCUCCUCCCCACCUGACAUGAGCCCCUUCUUCCUCCGUCAGUAUGUGAAGGGCCAUGCAGCGGAUGUGUUUGAGGCCUACACACAGCUUCUGACAGAGAUGGUACUACGGCUGCCAUACCAAAUCAAAAAGAUUGCGGACACCAAUUCUCGUAUUCCACCUCCUGUAUUUGACCAUUCAUGGUUUUACUUCCUGUCAGAGUACCUGAUGAUCCAGCAGACACCAUUUGUACGUCGCCAAGUCCGCAAACUUUUGCUGUUCAUCUGUGGCUCAAAGGAGAAGUACCGCCAGCUUCGGGACUUGCAUACCCUAGAUUCCCACGUGCGCGGCAUCAAAAAGCUGCUGGAGGAGCAGGGAAUCUUCCUUCGAGCAAGUGUGGUCACAGCCAGCUCGGGCUCAGCCCUGCAGUAUGACACACUCAUCAGCCUGAUGGAGCACCUCAAAGCUUGUGCAGAGAUUGCCACCCAGCGCACCGUCAACUGGCAGAAAUUCUGUAUUAAAGAUGACUCGGUCCUGUAUUUCCUGCUCCAAGUUAGUUUCCUAGUGGACGAGGGAGUGUCCCCGGUGCUGUUGCAGCUGCUCUCCUGUGCUUUGUGUGGCAGCAAAGUGCUCACUGUGGCUUCUUCAUCCGGAUCCUCAAGUGCCGCCUCCGGCUCUUCCUCCUCCUCCUCAUCCUCAGCACCUGUGGCUUCUGGUUCUGGGCAAACGACAACCCAGAGCAAGUCAUCCACCAAAAAGAGCAAAAAGGAAGAAAAGGAGAAAGAGAAGGAGGGUGAGUGCUCGGGCAGUCAAGAAGACCAGCUGUGCACGGCCUUGGUGAACCAGCUGAACAAAUUUGCUGACAAGGAGACCUUGAUACAAUUUCUUCGCUGCUUCCUACUAGAAUCGAACUCCUCUUCUGUGCGCUGGCAAGCCCAUUGCCUGGCACUGCACAUAUACAGAAACUCCAACAAAUCGCAGCAGGAACUCCUACUGGACUUGAUGUGGUCCAUCUGGCCAGAACUCCCAGCCUAUGGCCGCAAGGCUGCCCAGUUUGUAGACCUGCUGGGAUAUUUCUCUUUGAAAACCCCACAGACUGAGAAAAAGUUGAAAGAAUAUUCGCAGAAGGCUGUAGAAAUUCUCCGAACCCAAAACCAUAUUCUUACCAAUCAUCCCAACUCCAACAUCUACAACACUCUGUCCGGUUUGGUGGAGUUUGAUGGUUAUUACCUAGAGAGUGAUCCCUGCUUGGUGUGUAACAACCCGGAAGUGCCAUUCUGUUAUAUCAAGCUCUCCUCCAUCAAAGUGGAUACCCGUUACACCACCACUCAGCAGGUAGUGAAGCUCAUUGGCAGCCAUACCAUCAGCAAAGUGACAGUGAAGAUUGGUGACCUGAAGCGCACCAAGAUGGUGCGAACCAUUAAUCUAUAUUACAACAACCGAACAGUGCAGGCCAUCGUGGAGCUGAAAAAUAAGCCAGCUCGUUGGCACAAAGCCAAGAAGGUACAGUUGACCCCAGGGCAGACAGAGGUGAAGAUUGACCUGCCAUUGCCCAUUGUGGCCUCUAAUCUGAUGAUCGAGUUUGCAGACUUCUAUGAAAACUACCAGGCUUCCACAGAGACCCUGCAAUGCCCGCGAUGCAGUGCCUCUGUUCCUGCUAACCCUGGGGUCUGUGGCAACUGUGGGGAGAAUGUCUACCAGUGUCAUAAAUGCAGGUCCAUCAACUAUGAUGAAAAGGAUCCCUUCUUAUGCAAUGCCUGUGGCUUCUGUAAAUAUGCUCGUUUUGACUUCAUGCUUUAUGCCAAGCCCUGCUGUGCUGUGGAUCCCAUUGAGAAUGAAGAAGACCGAAAGAAGGCUGUGACCAACAUCAACACCCUCCUGGAUAAAGCUGACCGAGUGUAUCACCAGCUAAUGGGACACAGGCCGCAGCUGGAAAAUCUGCUUUGCAAAGUGAAUGAGGCAGCCCCUGAAAAGCCUCAGGAUGAUUCAGGUAGUGCUGGGGGGAUCAGCUCCACGUCAGCCAGUGUAAAUCGCUACAUCCUACAGUUGGCUCAAGAGUACUGCGGGGACUGUAAGAACUCUUUUGACGAACUCUCCAAGAUCAUACAGAAAGUCUUUGCUUCACGGAAGGAGCUCCUAGAGUAUGAUUUGCAGCAGAGGGAGGCAGCCACCAAGUCAUCAAGGACGACAGUGCAGCCGACAUUCACUGCCAGCCAGUACCGAGCCUUAUCGGUCCUAGGCUGUGGCCACACCUCCUCCACCAAGUGCUAUGGAUGUGCCUCCGCAGUCACAGAACACUGCAUCACGCUGCUCCGGGCCCUGGCCACAAACCCGGCCUUGCGCCAUAUCCUUGUCUCACAGGGCCUCAUCCGGGAGCUCUUUGAUUACAAUCUGCGCCGGGGAGCUGCCUCCAUGCGGGAGGAAGUCCGCCAACUCAUGUGUCUCCUCACCAGGGAUAAUCCAGAAGCAACUCAACAAAUGAACGACCUGAUCAUUGGCAAGGUCUCGGCAGCUCUGAAAGGCCAUUGGGCCAACCCUGAUCUGGCAAGCAGCCUUCAAUAUGAAAUGCUCUUACUGACAGACUCCAUCUCGAAGGAGGAUAGCUGCUGGGAACUUCGCUUGCGCUGUGCUCUCAGUCUUUUCCUCAUGGCCGUAAACAUCAAAACGCCUGUUGUCGUGGAGAAUAUUACCCUCAUGUGCCUCCGGAUCCUGCAGAAGCUGAUCAAACCACCUGCUCCAACCAGCAAGAAAAACAAGGACGUUCCUGUUGAAGCUCUCACCACAGUUAAGCCAUACUGCAAUGAGAUCCAUGCUCAGGCUCAGCUGUGGCUCAAGCGAGACCCGAAAGCAUCCUAUGAGGCCUGGAAGAAAUGCCUUCCCACUAGAGGGAUGGAUUCCAAUGGGAAAUCCUCUACUAGGUUGGAGCUUCGGCAGCUCUACUUGACGGAGAAGUAUGUGUGGAGGUGGAAACAGUACAUGAGCCGUCGGGGGAAGAGGACCUCCCCAUUGGAUCUCAAAUUGGGUCACAACAACUGGCUUCGGCAGGUGCUGUUCACUCCAGCGACCCAAGCAGCCCGUCAGGCAGCCUGCACCAUUGUGGAGGCUCUGGCCACCAUUCCCAGCCGUAAACAGCAGGUCCUCGACCUCCUCACCAGUUACCUGGACGAGUUGAGUAUUGCUGGAGAGUGUGCAGCUGAGUACUUGGCACUCUACCAGAAGCUAAUCAAACCAGCACACUGGAAGGUCUACCUGGCAGCUCGGGGAGUCCUGCCCUAUGUUGGCAACCUCAUCACCAAGGAGAUAGCCCGUUUGCUGGCCCUGGAGGAGGCUACGCUGAGCACUGACUUACAGCAGGGAUAUGCUCUCAAGAGCCUCACAGGCCUCCUUUCCUCCUUUGUUGAAGUGGAGUCCAUUAAGCGGCACUUCAAAAGCCGCCUGGUGGGCACUGUGUUAAAUGGCUACCUGUGUCUGCGUAAGCUGGUAGUGCAGAGGACCAAGCUGAUUGAUGAGACCCAGGAUAUGCUGCUGGAGAUGCUGGAGGACAUGACCACAGGCACAGAAUCAGAAACAAAGGCCUUCAUGGCAGUGUGCAUUGAAACAGCCAAGCGGUACAAUCUGGAUGACUAUCGGACUCCCGUCUUCAUCUUUGAGAGGCUCUGCAGUAUCAUCUAUCCUGAAGAGAAUGAAGUAACUGAGUUCUUUGUCACUCUGGAGAAGGAUCCCCAGCAGGAAGAUUUCUUACAAGGUCGCAUGCCUGGCAACCCUUACAGCAGCAAUGAGCCGGGCAUUGGGCCUCUCAUGAGGGACAUCAAGAACAAGAUCUGCCAGGACUGUGAUCUGGUGGCCCUGCUGGAAGAUGAUAGUGGGAUGGAGCUCCUGGUGAACAAUAAAAUUAUCAGCUUGGAUCUUCCUGUGGCAGAGGUUUAUAAGAAGGUCUGGUGCCCCACAAAUGAGGGAGAACCCAUGAGGAUCAUCUAUCGAAUGCGGGGCUUGUUGGGUGAUGCCACCGAGGAAUUCAUUGAGUCCCUGGACUCCACCACAGAUGAAGAAGAAGAUGAGGAAGAGGUAUAUAAGAUGGCUGGUGUGAUGGCCCAGUGUGGGGGCUUGGAUUGUAUGCUCAACAGACUAGCUGGGAUCAAGGAUUUCAAACAAGGCCGACAUCUUCUGACGGUACUUCUUAAACUGUUCAGUUACUGCGUGAAGGUGAAAGUGAAUCGGCAGCAGCUGGUCAAGCUUGAGAUGAACACUUUGAAUGUCAUGCUGGGCACUCUUAACUUGGCCCUGGUGGCUGAGCAGGAAAGCAAGGACAGCGGAGGGGCAGCUGUGGCAGAACAGGUGCUCAGUAUCAUGGAGAUCAUUCUGGACGAGUCAAAUGCUGAGCCCCUGAGUGAGGACAAGGGCAACCUUCUACUGACAGGUGACAAGGACCAGCUGGUGAUGUUGCUGGACCAGAUCAAUAGCACUUUUGUGCGCUCUAAUCCCAGUGUCCUUCAGGGCUUGUUGCGAAUUAUCCCGUAUUUGUCCUUUGGAGAGAUGGAGAAAAUGCAGAUCCUGGUGGACCGAUUCAAGCCAUACUGCAGUUUUGACAAGUAUGACGAGGAUCACACUGGUGAUGAUAAAGUCUUCCUGGACUGUUUCUGCAAAAUAGCAGCUGGCAUCAAAAAUAACAGCAACGGGCACCAGCUGAAAGACCUGAUCCUACAGAAGGGAAUCACGCAGAGCGCCCUGGACUACAUGAAGAAGCACAUCCCGAGUGCCAAGAAUUUGGAUGCUGACAUCUGGAAGAAGUUUUUAUCUCGCCCAGCCCUCCCCUUCAUCUUAAGACUUCUUCGUGGUCUAGCCAUUCAGCACCCUUCCACCCAGGUGCUGAUUGGUACAGACUCCAUUACAAACCUGCACAAAUUGGAGCAGGUGUCUAGUGAUGAGGGAAUCGGGACCCUGGCUGAGAACUUGUUGGAGGCACUUCGAGAGCAUCCUGAGGUGAACAAGAAGAUCGAUGCAGCCCGAAAGGAGACACGGGCCGAGAAGAAGCGCAUGGCCAUGGCCAUGAGACAGAAGGCCUUGGGGACCCUGGGCAUGACGACAAAUGAAAAGGGUCAAGUUGUGACUAAGACGGCCCUGCUGAAGCAGAUGGAGGAGUUGAUUGAAGAGCCAGGCCUCACCUGCUGCAUCUGUAGAGAGGGCUACAAGUUCCAGCCUGCAAAGGUGUUGGGCAUUUACACCUUCACUAAGCGAGUGGCACUGGAAGAGCUGGAGAAUAAGCCCCGGAAGCAGCAGGGCUAUAGCACCGUGUCCCACUUCAACAUCGUCCACUAUGACUGCCACUUGGCUGCCGUCAGAUUGGCCCGAGGGCGAGAAGAAUGGGAGAGUGCAGCCCUUCAGAAUGCCAACACUAAGUGCAAUGGACUCCUCCCAGUCUGGGGACCCCAUGUCCCAGAGUCAGCUUUUGCCACUUGCUUGGCAAGACAUAACACAUACCUCCAGGAGUGCACGGGACAGCGAGAGCCCACGUAUCAACUUAAUGUUCAUGACAUCAAGUUACUCUUCCUCCGUUUUGCCAUGGAGCAGUCAUUCAGCGUAGACACAGGAGGUGGCGGCAGAGAGAGCAACAUACACCUAAUCCCGUACAUCAUUCACACCGUGCUUUAUGUCCUGAACACAACCAGGGCAACUUCCCGAGAAGAGAAGAACUUGCAGAGCUUUUUAGAGCAGCCCAAGGAAAAGUGGGUGGAGAGUGCCUUCGAGGUGGACGGGCCCCACUAUUACACUGUUCUGGCCCUUCACAUCUUGCCCCCCGAGAGAUGGCGAGCCAUCCGAGUGGAGAUCCUGCGGAGGCUGCUGGUGAUCUCCCAGGCCCGAGCGGUGGCGCCAGGGGGAGCCAGCAGACUGACAGAUAAGUCGGUGAAAGACUACUCAGCCUAUCGUUCUGCACUUCUCUUUUGGGCCCUAGUCGAUCUCAUUUACAACAUGUUUAAGAAGGUGCCUACCAGUAACACAGAGGGAGGCUGGUCCUGCUCUCUAGCUGAGUUUAUCCGCCACAAUGACAUGCCCAUCUAUGAAGCUGCAGACAAGGCCCUGAAAACGUUCCAGGAAGAGUUCAUGCCUGUGGAAACAUUUUCAGAGUUUGUGGAUGUGGCUGGACUCCUCUCAGAAAUCAACUUCGCUGACAACUUCCUGAAGGACCUUUUGAACUCAAUCCCCUGACCACCCAGCCCAAGAGAGUGACCGGCCAUGAUGGACCCCAGCCUGCCUUCCUCCCCUGUGUUUCUUCUUUCCUCGUGCUUUGGUUUCUUUCCGAGGGGCGCUGCUGUUAGCGUCCCCCCUCCCCCUCAGUUUGUGUGGGAGCAGCUUGGGGGGUUUAGACUUUCCUGUUUUAUCUUGUGUGUGGUGCAUUAGCUAUGAAGUUAUACGUACAUACCCCAAGCAAUUGGAGGACCCUGUACAUACCAAGGGGCCAUGAGUUGUCCUGGCCAAACAAUACUUGAGUGUGCACAUCUUGAGAAAUAAGUGAAUGAAUAAAUACCCAUUGAAAAGGACA